AUGUCCGAGCGAAAAGUCCUAACGAAAUACUACCCCCCCGACUUCGACCCGUCGGCGAUAACCCGCACACCCAAGCACCUCCGCUCCACCGGCCCAAAGGUCAUAACCGUCCGGCUGAUGGCCCCCUUCUCGAUGAAAUGCACCUCCUGCGGCGAAUACAUCUACCGCGGACGCAAGUUCAACGCACGGAAAGAAACGACGGAGGAAAAGUACUUCUCGAUCCCGAUCUACCGCUUCUACAUCCGCUGCACGCGAUGCAGCGGCGAAAUCACGUUCCUUACGGACCCCAAGAACAUGGAUUACCGCGCGGAGAAGGGCGCGAAGAGGAACUUUGAGCCGUGGCGCGAUUCGAAGGCGGAUAAUGCGGACGAGACAGAGCAGGAGGUUCUCGAUCGGUUGGAGCGCGAGGAGGGUGAGGAGCAGGAGCAGCUAGAGCGCGAUAAGAUGGCGGAGCUGGAGGAAAAGAUGCUGGAUUCGAAGAGGGAGAUGGCGAUUGCGGAUGCGUUGGAUGAAAUUCGGACAAGGAAUGCAAGGAUCGAGAGGAAUGAGGCGCUGGGGGAUGAAGCGGCGCUAGCACAUGUGCAGGACCAGGUUGAUGAGGAGGCGCUGAAGGCUCAGAGGGAGGAUGAGGAGGCGGCGAGGAAGGCGUUUAUGACGGAAACGGGUGAGAAGGUCAAGAGGUUGGUGGAGGAUGAGUCGACGCCGGAGCAGACUCCGGUUCCAGCGCCGCCUCCAUCUUUCGCUCGUGUCAAGAAGGCGAAGAAGCCAUUGCCGAACAGCCUGGGCAUUAAGAAGAAGGCUAAGCCUUCGCUGGUAUGA